GUACAAACGGUAGAUUGCAAGUAAGCAGAUGUUUACUGUUGCCGUUACCGGCGACCGGCAUAGGCGCAGAGCCAGGUGAGGAGAGAUCGAUUUCGGUAAGGGAUUUUGUGCUCAGGGUUCUAUCGGUGUUUUCUGCGCGUCCGUCUACGUCAACUCAUCCGAGACUUCUCUGCAGUUAUGUAGAGAGAGAGAGAGAGCGAGCGAGCGUGUCAGGGAGAGAGGGAGGGAGAGAGAGAGAGCGCGAGGGAGAGGGCGAAGAGCGCGUCGUGGAUACAGUGAGAGUGCAGACAGAAAUGAAGUACGAAAAUUGAAGAGGAGAGAUCGAUCGAAAAGUCGAGGGAAGAAUGUCGUUCUGAAACCACGGCAGGUGGAGGACUGUAAGCGAAGGAGGGAGCUGGAGGAGUUCUUGUUGCGGGUGAGGAAGGGCGAGUCUUUACGGUGGUGGGGUUUAUUUCAAAUGUGAUAUAUAUUCUUGGGAAGCGGCUAUUGGAUCAGAUUUUUACGAAUGGAAAAAAUUAUUCUUGAACUGGGAGGAGAGGAGCAAGCUACCCAGUGCCGAACACAUAACACGGUCAGAGUUGAGUCAACAGUGGAAUCGAGAAGAAUUAGGUGCCACCCAAUUGUCACAUGAAGUUCCUCCAUCUCCAAGUGGAUCUGAUAUGGACAUGGAAGAUGACUUUGCGGUCACACCUCCAACAAUUGAGAGAAAGCCGACGUUUGAGAGGAGAUCAGUGGUUUCAUCUCCAAAGCGUGAAAGGAAAUCAGGCUUUUCAUCUGGAGUCGAGUUGCCGUCACAAACAAGCGAGAGAAGAGUUGGACCUGCCUCUCCAGGAUUUGAGAGAAGAUCGAGAUUCUCUUCUCCUCCGUCUGAAAAGAAAGUAGCUCCAACAUCUGCAGCAGCUGAUAGAACAACCCAAGGGGGUCUGGAAAGCCAGGUUCUUGAGUUAAAAGUGGGCGCUUCGUCAAGUGUUCCUGUUAAUCAAGAACAAUCACAACAUGGAACUAACGUAUGGAGCGCAGCAUCCUCAGACUUGGAAAAUCUGGUUGUCGAGAGGGAGAAAGGAUCACAGGUUUCAGACACUUCGAAGCCGGAGAGAGAAAGUGCGCUGCCAGAGCAACCUCGUAGGAGGGAUUCACGACGUCGUACAGGGUUUGACCGACCAUGCAUGGAAGAUGUGAGUCCUCAAAGUAGUCCUCCCAGGUUUGGAGAACCCAAAGAUAAUCAGCGAGAUUCCGCAGCUAGUUUUGAGCAAUCGGAACGUAAGGGUGUCCCUCCAAAUGGACAUGCGGAUGUUGUCAUCAAACCCUCUCGGUGGGGUCCUCCAGAGUCUGGCCCGGGACAUCAUGGAAACAGAGAUUUGGUUUCUGAUAAGGGGCCAGGGACAGGGGAAGCGUCUUCCGUGGCUAAAGCCCACAAGAGAUCGGAAGCUUCUCAUCUCAGAGUAGAGGAAAGCCUAACAAAGGACCAAAGUCAAUCUCCGAAUUUUUCUGCCAAGCCUUCUAGGGCAAGUGAUGACACUAGUGCAAGGGACGUGGACAAGCCUAAAUCCAGAUCAGUUUCAGACUCACUGGCUGUCGAUGAAUUUGGAAGGCUUUUGAGACAAGGGGGCAGUGAUAGUGAUGGAGAGGGCCACCAUGGUGGGGGCAAGAAACGAAGAAGGUCGAUGAGCAGGAGUAGAACCCGGAGUCGUUCUCCAGGAGAUGUACGGCGUAAGCGAUGGAGCCCUAGUCGUUCUCCUCGUCGUCGGGGUAGGAGAAGCCGCUCCUGGAGUGGUUCUCCGAGAAGGCAAAGGAGCCGCAGUCGUACACCUCCACGCGAAGGGAGAUGGACUGGUGAAGGGAGAGGUGAUAGAGGUUUCUCAGACAGAGGGGGCAGAAGAUGGGGAAGGGGAGGUGGACCGCCUAAUGUUUGCAAUGACUUUCUCAAAGGUCGAUGUCAAAGGGGUGGUUCUUGUAGAUUUCUUCAUGAAGAAAGUAAUGGGAUAGCUGACGACCAAGGUGGGAGAUGGAGCGGAGGAAGAGGCCGAGGCCGGGGUCGAGGACGCUCCGGUCGAGAAGCUGCGGAGGAGGGAGAUCGAAACUGGGCAGUGAAGAGUGGAGAACUUCCUAGAUCGCGCAAGCCCUGGAGUUCAAAUGAUCGCAACACGGAUGACGAUUCAAGAGAGAAAAAAUUGAUUGAAGAUAUGAAGAAGCAAGAGGCUGAAUCUUCAAGUGAUGAAUCAUGGGAGCAAAAGAAGGGAGACGCAGCCAUGGCUCCUGGAUCGACAGUUACAGCAGAGCAAGGAGUCUCUACAGACAAAUUGCCCAUGCAAUCGGAGAAAGAGUCGGCAGUUCCUGUGACAGCUCAACAUGUGAAGUCAUCUACUGACUACAUGUGUGAAGCGCUUUCACCCUCAGCAUCGUUUCCAUCAUCGCAGAGUAACCAAGUAGCUCAACAAACAAGUGCCUUUUCCAACCUUGUUUCUUCUCCACAGCAGCCCAGCUAUCCUUCACCUAGUAGACAUCAGUAUAAUAGUACACUGAAUGCGCAUGUGCCCCAACAUCCUUCCUUGUCUAUGUCCCCAAGCGCUCAGUCUCAACAAAUGAAAUAUACUAUAGGCCAUUCACAUCAGCCCCAACACUCUUUUCCAUCAUCUCAGCAAAGUGGAUACUCGCCCAACGUUCCCCACAAAUCUGGAUUCAGUGUCAAUCGACCACCUCAGCAGCCUACCUUUACACCCCCAACCGUGACAUAUAGUGGAAAUCCAUCCAUGCCUUCUCAGCAGCCGCUUCCCUUCGCGUCCCUCCCUAUGUUGCGUCCCCAGCUUUCAUUCAGCUCACCUCAGCAGCAAAACUUUGCACCACUUCCACUGUCAAUGGCCAUGUCCAUGCCAAUGCCCAUGCCCAUGCCCAUGCCCAUGCCCAUGUCAGUUCCCCUGUCAAGUGGUCACACGGGCCUCUUGUCAAGAACGCUUGCAAUGAAUACUCCUCCACAAAUGUUGCAAGUCUCCAUGGGCACAAACCUGGCAACAAGGCUAGGGUAUUCUUGGACAGCUCCUGCAAUGGGCCCCCCUGUGUCUUAUGGUUUACCACCGCAACAGCCUUUGCAACAACCACCACCACCACCACCACCACCGCAGCCUCAAACACAGGGUCUUCCUUCUCAGGUGUCGGUACCACCUCCAAUACCUUACCAAUACGCUCCUCCCUUGCCUCCAAGUUAUGCGGCAGCAUCAUACUCGACAAUUGCGGCUCAGGUUAUGGCUCCAAGUUCUAUCUCCUCCAGUGAACAAUAUGAUCCAUUGGCAGAUAGUCUUGAACCUGGACCCCCUGGUGCUGGGGACAAGAAGGGUCAAGGUUCAUUUAACCAAAACCGUCAGCAAGAUGAUGGGAGUAGACAAACGUCUGCUGAUCAGUGGAAGCUUCAUGCACCCGGUGAAAAUACCCCCUUAAUGACAAACGCGGGAGAGGUGGUUCUGGAGAAUGUCAGUCCAGGUCUUCCAAGUCAUGUAGAGAAUGUUAGAUCAAAUAUCGUGGUGUUGGAGAAUGUUAGUCCGAGGCGACCGAUGCACAUGGUCAUGGAGAAUGUAAGCCCUACCAAUGUAGGUUCUUCUUUCAACGUGAACGCGUCAUCCAUGAAUUACAGUGGUUCACACCAAGCAGUAACUAUGGAAAGUGUGAGUCCUUGUCCAGAUACAAAUCCGACUGGUGAUGGACAGAAAGAUGUAGCUCAUGGAUCGAAGGAGCAAAAGAAGAAGGACAAGGAUGGUCGUAUUCUCAAUCUGAUUAGAAAGGCAGUUGCAGAGCAUGUGAAGGACCUGUUGAAGCCUACUUGGAAGGAGGGCCAGAUGAGCAAGGACGCUUUCAAGACAAUAGCGAAGAAGGCUGUAGACAAGGUCAUGGGGGCUUUGGAAGCCAAAGGAUCGAUACCGAAGUCUCAGGAAAAGUUGGACCUUUUCAUGGACACAUCCAAACCAAAGAUUGCGAAGCUUGUUCAGGGAUAUGUCGACAAGUAUGUGAAGGCCUAAGAGUAGUACCUCAGGGAUCCUUAGCUCCUGCUGAUCAUGGCCAUUCAUUCAUUGCUGCUCCAACUUAAGUGGUUGUGUUCUCAGUUCUGCUCUAGUAAUUGUUCUUACAAAGCAUGAUGAGGCCACAGCUACUAUGUAAGUGCGUUCUUCCAACCACCAGAAACUAUAGCCAGCCAUGGUGAAGUUUCAUUAAACUGGAGUCAGAUGUCAAAACACCAGUUGCUAGCAGGCAAGCUCGAAUUUUCACCAUUCAUAACCAGGUAUCAUGCAUUUUUGCACAGUUUUGU